UAUACACCAGCAAGUGAACAACGUUCACAUUUUCAAUGAAACCGGCACAUUGGUAAUCGCGAUUAUUUCGUGUACACUGUGCCAACAAGACAUUAGUGAAUUAAUCAAAUUUCUCUGCAUUUAAAUUUAAGUCGAGUCAAUUUGCUAAUUACUAGUCAGUUAAAAAUGAUUUAUUAUCUUGGUUUUUUGGUGUUACUCACGUGGUGUGGAAAAAUCUCGGGAGAAUUGCCACCUGGAGUUCAGCCCUGUCCUCGUGGCAGUCCCCCAGCCGAAUAUGACAAGUGUGUCCUGCAACAGUUGGAACUAGUUACACCGCAACUGGUCAAGGGAAUACCUUCCCUGAAGAUACCACCGAUGGAUCCACUCGUUCUGCCUUCCCUCGUGAUCGAUCGAAAUCUCGAUGCUAUCAAAGUCAAAGCAAAUUUGACCAAUGUCAGAGUUUAUGGUGGCACCAAUUACAAAAUUGAUGAGUUACAUGCACAGCCGGACGCUUUAACUGUUGCCCUCAAAGCACAAUUCCCUUAUAUUCAUGUGAAGGGAAGUUACGAUGUCAAAGGAACUCUUUUACUGCUUACGCUGAAUGGAAAUGGCGGAUUCAAAGGAAAUUUCACAAACACUCAAGUACGGGUUCAAGCUCAGGGUCGUGAGGUGACCGACAAAAAUGGCAUUCGCAGGGUUCAAGUACACAAGUUGCAAACAAAAAUUCGCGUUGGCAAUGGAAAUAUCCAGUUACAAGCCCAACCCCAGCACAAGGUAGCGGCUGAUGCAGCAGCAAGUUUUUUCAAUGGAAGUCCCCGCCUUGUUCUUGACAUAAUAAAUCCAAUAAUCGAAGAGACAGCUCAAUCGAUAGCCAAAGCACUAGCUGCAAGGGCCUUCGGAGCACUCACCAAAGACGAGAUUCUUCCGUGAGAAACCUUUACUCAUGUAUUUAUCAGAUGAUAAGAUGAGAAUAGAAACAAAUUUUAUAAGAA